UACCCCACACAUGCAACAACUCCCCUCUUAACAUUACCCCAUCCUCCCCUCUUUCUGUCUCACUUUCACUCCCCCCAUCUCCACUCUCUCUCUCUCUCUCUCUCUCUCUCUCUCUCUCUCUCUCUCUCUCUAUGGAAGAACUCGAACUCGAGUACCAUACCAAACCACACCACCACACACCUCCCACCACAAACACACGCCUCAAGCUCUUCGGCUUCAACGUCAACUCCUCCGAGCCCGAAGACGAGGCCGACUCCUCCACCAACAAGUCCCUCUCCCCGGACUCCGCCGGCUUCCCCCCCUCCGACGGCCGGAAGUACGAGUGCCAGUACUGCUGCCGCGAGUUCGCCAACUCCCAGGCCCUGGGCGGCCACCAGAACGCUCACAAGAAGGAGCGCCAGCAGCUCAAGCGCGCCCAGCUCCAGGCCAGCCGGAACGCCGCCGUUUCCUACAUGCGCAACCCCAUAGUCUCCGCCUUCGCCCCGCCGCCGCACCUCCUCGCCGCCUCCGGAGGAGGCGCCGUCAUGCUCCCGCCGCAGUCCCCGUCAUGGGUUUAUGUCCCACGCGCCGCCCCUCCGUUCAACGUGUCGCACGGGUGCGUCUUUUCGUCUGGGGGUGCAGGGGGGUUACCGUACGCCGGCGCCGUAGGGGAGUCAACGCUGACGAGUAGUACUGGGCCGUUGUUACAGCAGCAGCAGCAGCAGCAGAUGGGCCGGGCCCACGGGAGAGUCGAUAAUGGGCUUAAUGGGCCUUCGUUGAGUAGGUUCUCCAGAGGAGGGGAAGGUGGGCCCAGUUUCGAUGAUGGCUUCGGCUUGGACUUGCACCUCAGCCUGGCGCCAGCCGGGCCGUGAGAAAGUGGCUGAUGGGUUCGGCUUGGACUUGCACCUCAGCCUGGCGCUGGCGCCAGCCGCGCGGUGAGAAAGUGGCUUUGGGUUGGCUUGACCUGGGUGGGUACUACCAGCUUAUAAUAUGGCUGAAUGGCUAAUGUUCCGAGCUGUCAGACGUGAGACAACGAUGACCUUGUAAAUUUUUUGCCAGAUUUUAUUUAUUUAAUUUUUUUCAGAGAAGUAAUUUAACUCCCACGUGGAUUAGCAUA